AUGGUUUACAAAACAUCAUGUCUUCUUCUUCUUCCUUUGGCUCUCAUAUUUCUUGAUUUCAUCAUAAUAUCAUCACUAGCCAAACCGAUUCCAACCACAUUUAUCAACGUCUUAACCUACGGAGCUAGACCAGAUGGCUCAACAGACUCAACCAAAGCCUUCUUAGCCGCAUGGCAAGUCGCUUGUGCCUCUGUUAAUCCUACAACUAUCAUCGUACCAAAAGGACGUUUUUUGGUCGGAAACCUUGUGUUCCAAGGCAAGAAGUGUACGGAUGCUCCAAUAUCUAUUCGUAUAGCUGGAUCAAUGAUUGCUCCUGAAGAUUAUAGAAUUGUGGCAAGUUCAGAACAGUGGAUCUGGUUCGAGAGCGUCACUGAUGUUUCAAUCUAUGGUGGAAUACUUGACGCACAAGGUUCUAGUUUGUGGAACUGCAAGAAAAAUGGUGGUAGCUAUUGCCCAACUGGUGCCAAGAGUUUGUUAUUUAGUGGGUCGAAUAACAUCAAUAUCAACGGUUUAACGUCGAUAAACAGUCAGAAAUUCCAUAUAGUUAUCAACAGUUGCAAUAACGUGAACAUUGACGGCGUUAAAGUUUCUGCUGCUGCUGAUAGCCCUAACACCGAUGGGAUUCACAUACAAGCAUCUCACUUAGUCAGUAUCACUAACUCAAGAAUUGGAACCGGCGAUGAUUGCAUCUCCAUCGGUCCAGGAUCCACUCAUGUUUCCAUCCAAGGCAUCCAAUGCGGUCCAGGCCACGGCAUCAGUAUUGGAAGUCUUGGGAUAGCAGAGGACGAACAAGGAGUGGAGAAUGUUACAGUGAGUAACGUGGAUUUCACGGCAACUAGUAAUGGGGUUAGGAUCAAGACAUGGGCGAAAAACAGCAAGAGUUUUGCUAGAAACAUCGUUUUUCAACAUAUUAAUAUGAAAAUGGUCAAGAACCCGAUCAUCAUAGACCAACACUAUUGUUUUUACAAACCUUGCCCUAACCAGGAUUCUGGAGUUGAAGUAUCAAAUGUGAGAUAUGAAGAUAUACACGGGACAUCGAGUACGGAUGUGGCGGUUAAGUUGGAUUGUAGUAAGGAGAAACCAUGUAACGGUAUUGUAAUGGACAAUGUGAAUCUCGCCUUGCAAUUGGUUAAUCGACCGGCUCAGGCUUCUUGCAAUAAUGCAAACGGAUUAGCUAAUGAUGUCGUCAUCCCGAUCACUCCUUGUCUGAAAAGAGACAUACUUAUGACUUGA